CCUGACUCUCCUGCUGGUCUCCAAGCCUGGGUGUGCGUCGCGCCUCCAUGCCCUCCUGGACCCCACCCAGCGCAGGGUGGAAGAGGUAGACAGGGGCCUCCUUGAGAGAGCGCUGUGGAGCAUUGCCGGGCAGCCCACUCCAGCGGAGAUGACGCAAGGCCACGUGGCCAUCAACACCGAAUACGGGGACUGGGAAUGGAGCACCGAUGCGGGCGAGCGGGCCAGGCUCCUGCAGAGCCCCAACGUGGAGGGGGUGCUGAGGAGGAGCAGCGAGGAGCCGCGGGGGCCGGGCACGACCUCCACGCUGAGCGCCGUCUUCAUCGUGGUGAACGCUGCCCUCGGGGCGGGCUUGCUGAACUUCCCAGCGGCCUUCAGCAUGGCCGGAGGGGUAGCGGCUGGAAUCGCCCUGCAGAUGUGCAUGCUGGUCUUCAUCAUCGGCGGUCUGGUCAUCCUCGCCUACUGCUCUCAGGCCAGCAACGAGGCCACGUACCAGGAGGUGGUCCGGGCGGUGUGCGGCAAAGUCACGGGGGUGCUGUGUGAAGUGGCCAUCGUGGUCUACACCUUUGGCACCUGUAUCGCCUUCCUGAUCAUCAUCGGGGACCAGCAGGACAAGAUAAUUGCAGCCUUGGUGAAGGACUCCUUGGGGACCGAGAGCAUUCACUGGUAUACGGAUCGGAAACUCACCAUCAGCAUCACCGCCUUCCUGCUCAUCCUUCCUUUGUCGGUUCCCAAGGAAAUCGGCUUCCAGAAAUAUGCCAGUGGCUUGAGUGUUUUGGGGACUGGGUACGUCACCGUGAUCAUCAUCAUCAAGUAUAUUUGGCCCGAUAAAGAGAUCACCCCGGGGGAAAUCCCAACCAGCCCCUCGUCGUGGAUGUCCGUCUUCAACGCCAUGCCCACCAUUUGCUUUGGCUUCCAGUGCCACGUCAGCAGUGUGCCCGUCUUCAACAGCAUGAAGCGCCCUGAGGUGAAGCCCUGGGGAGCGGUCGUGACGGCAGCCAUGGUCAUUGCGCUCUUUGUCUACACCGGCACCGGCGUCUGUGGCUUCCUGACCUUCGGCUCGAGCGCGGAGCAGGACAUCCUCCUCUCCUACCCCUCCAGUGACGUGGCCGUGGCCAUCGCCCGGGCCUUCAUCAUCCUCUGCGUCCUCACCUCCUACCCAAUCCUUCACUUCUGCGGCCGGGCCGUCCUGGAAGGCCUCUGGCUGCGCUACAAGGGGGAAGCCGUGGAAGAGGAUGUGGUGCGGGAGCGGCGCCGGCGCCUGGGCCAGACGCUCGGAUGGUUCCUGCUGACCCUCCUGCUGGCCUUGUUCAUUCCCGACAUCGGCAAAGUCAUCUCGGUCAUUGGCGGGCUGGCAGCCGGCUUCAUCUUCGUCUUCCCAGGGCUCUGCCUCAUCCACACCAAGCUCUCUGAGAUCCAAGAAGCCCGGCCGGCCAGCUGGUGGAUGAUGGUCAGCUAUGGGGUGUUCAUGGUGGUCCUUGGAGCGUUCAUCUUUGGUCAGACCACAGCCCAUGCCGUCUUUGUGGAUCUCAUGAAGUGACCCUGGCGGUGAAUCUCCUCUCAUCUCUGUGCAAUUAAAGGAAUCCAAAUGGAAACACCCACCUAAAUCCGGGGAUGUCCUGAACGUCAAAGGGAAGCAACGGCUCUUCCUUCCAUGGUCCCUCCCACCCACCCACCCGCUCCCUCCCCCUCUAGGUUUCAUUCCUUGGACUUCUGAUUUCUCAGCCGAGCGUCCCAGUGGCUGUUUGACCAACUCCUUCUGUCGAUACAAAUGCACUGAACUUGUAUGAAGUCCCGCUCAGUGAACACGGGCCGAAUCCCUGCCUGCCUUUUGGAAGGUCACACAAGAAGCAGGCUCACUUUGGACCUUGCCUUGAGUUUGCACGUGGAGGAAGAUCAGGAUCACUCAUACGGACUCAUUUUUAUACUCUCGCCAGGGAUGUGCUGGACUGCGUGCAUUAUGGCUAGCUGGCCAUCCUGACCUUGUAAAGCGGGGCCUUGCAGGAGGGAAAGGCACGUGCACCCUGGGAAGAGCUGCUCCUUGCUGCAUCCUGUUUCCCUGCAGAAUCACUAGAGUUCUCAAGUGGCAGGAGAGGAAACAGUGGCCAGUUGGGGAUGUGACCCCCCCAGUGGUUUAUUGGGGGACAAGGCAGCCCUCCCUAACCCUGAGAAGUUGGCCCACCCCUGGCAUGAAGAGGAUGGGAAGCCGAAGGCUCAGUGCGAGGGUCCUGCUGCACUACGUCAACGUCGGGGAGUUGGUGCUUUACUAGCCUAGUUUGGGAAACACUUUUUUCAUUUUUAACUGGGAAGAACGUGUGAUCAUGUGGAUACUGAGCUUGCUUUUACUUUUUUUAUUUUUUAUAUACAAAAGUGUGUUUGGAAUCCUUGUUUACAUAGAACAGCCACGAUGGAAGGGGGAAACGUUAGAAAGGCCUUUGAGGGCAGUGGUUUGGCAAAAGGAUGGUUCACAGACAAAGGUUCUGUUUUAUUAUCUCUCCUUGUGAUAUAUAUAUAUCAGAGGAAAGUCACAAGCCUAUAUAUAAUGUCUCCUGCCUGGCAGUGACCUCUCCUUAAAUAUACUGUAUAUGUAUAUAUAUGCUUGUGACUCUCCUUAAAUAUAUAUAUUUAAGGAGGGGGCGCUGCCGGGCCACACACAAAAAUGCAUCAGGUCAGACAAGAGUGGGGCGAAGGAAAGUCACAAGCCUAUAUAUAAUGUCUCCUGCCUGGCAGCACCCCCUCCUUGUGACUCUCCUUUGCCCCACAUCUGACCUGAUGCAUUUUUGUGUGUGGCAUGGUUGCUGGCAGUCUGUUGAACCAACUGCCUUUAAGCCAUAGGCGUGGAUGCCUAGUUGUUGUUACAUCUUGGUCUGACGUUGAUCCUGCAGCCUAGGCUGGUUGCAGGACCCCCCUUCCAACAACCUUGCUCCAGUGCGCCAUUGUGUAACACAGCCUGAUGUUUACAAAGCCAGUGCUUGGAUGGCAGCUCCUGCUCUGGGGGAAAUGUACUGCAGGUGCUUUGAUUAGGUAAUUGUUUGGGGGGGGGGUUGGUGGCUGUUCAGGUGCUAUCUUCCUUUCCCUCUGUUGAUUGCUGGGGAAAUAGGAGGAAGUUAGGGUUUUAAAGGGAAGAUGUUACAAUGAAAAUAACAAAAGAAACGA